GUUCCAUUCAAACCUCAGAAGAACUGCGGUCUGGUGCACAAGCGCUGCCACCCGUGAACGUCGACGGCAGCAUGGACCCUGCACAAGAGGAGUUAGAUCAAUCCGCGCUCCAAGCCGAGAUGCACCAAGCACAACCUCCGUUCGACGAGCAACAACCACCAGCAAACAUUUACUCCUCCGGCGGUCCUCCGUCUUCGUACCUACCGCCUGACAGAAGCCGCAGCCCGUACCGCGGAGGUGGUCGAAAUCGGUCCAGAUCGCGAAGCCCUCCCCGUCGACGUUCGCGCAGUCCUCCUUUCAGAGGUCGCAGGAGAUCCUUUGAGCGCGACGACCGUUUCCGCGGUAAUGGAGGUGCAAACCAGUAUCCACCUCGAGUCGAAACCGAAGUAUUGGAAUCGUACAAGGCGUUCAUGAUGCGCCAAGAAGACAACGUAGCACCAGAAGUGUGCUUGCAGCGCUACGAAGACUACAAGAAGCGUGUGCUGGUGAAAUCGAGUCGGUCCUUUUUCGACCAACACAAGAUGGAGGAGUGGCUGCAAGAACGGUAUUCCCCAGCCAUUCGCCAUCGCCACCAGCAAAAGAAGCUCGCAAAGAAACGCGUGGACGUCAAAGCAUUCGCCGAGCGUGUCAAGACGACUACGCUAUCUUUUGACGAAGCAGCAUGGAUGGGCUCCACGAGUGACGAUCCUGUUGCGUCUGUUGUGUCCGCAGGGCCGGUCUUGGCGAACGACAUGGACGACAGCGCGCGAUUGCUGUAUAUUCGCCGUAUUCCAUGCUCUUGUCCAUUCUCGGUCAUCUCUGAAGCGAUCCACAACCAAGGGCCGUUUGACGAGCUGUUGCUAUCCGAUCCAUUGAAGAAGAGAGAUAUGGACUUCGAGCGGUCAGCGUACAUUUUGUACCCCACGGCCGCCGCCGCCACCGCGGCCAUGCCAAAGCUGCAGAACUUGCUCGUCGAAGCGCCGGAAAUGCCUCAUCCACUUCGCCUCCAGGUCAUGAUCUAUCGUGCCCGCGCGCCACUCAAGACACCUUCAUACAUGUCUCUACCCGACCGCAUCACGUACGACUUCCACCAAGCGCUCCACGUGGCGACCCUCCUGGACAAGCAGUCGUUCGACGAUCCAUCGCUGGGUAUUGAACCGAUCUUGAAUGACGUGGACGCUACGAAGUCGGACCGCGACCGCCUCGACAUUGUCGUUGCGUACCUCCGCCGUGUGCACCAUUUUAUUUAUUAUGCCGGUGUGCAGUGCUUGGACAUGGGCGACGUCAUGCACGCGUACCCAGCCGUGUUCGUCCGCCCUGCCGCCACCGAGCGUGACAUUGAAGACGACAAGACGGUGACCCAUAAGGUGUUUUCCCCGACGCCGUCGACAGAGACGAGCGGCGCGGGGUGGGGCGCCUGGUCCGUCUCGCUGGACGAGAAGAUCGAAGCGUUCAUAAAAGCGAAUGCCCCAAGCGUGGUGGAAGCCAAGCGCGUGGCGGAACUUGCGAUGGUCCAAGAUAUUGAAACGCGAGAGGAAGUGGCUCUGGAACCAGUUUACAAUUCGUACACGGAGAAGGCGGGCGACGACGGCAAACACCGGUGCUUGCUCUGCACCAAGCUAUUCAAGAGCCUGGAAUUUGUAAAGAAGCACAUUCGAAACAAGCACCCUGAGCUUGUGGUCGAAAAGAUUGUGAGUGCGGGCGAAUCAUGCAUGUGGGACCAAUACCGGGAAGACCCGGACCGACCGAUGGAUCCCGUGGCAACGACCAACCAGCCAAUCUUGCGCCAGUCUUCUGGCUACGACCAAAGGAACCGUGACAGCUAUGGCCGGGGAGGAGGAGGUGGCUACCGUCAUCCGUACUACGACGGCGGCCCGAGGGGCGGUGGUUACCGGGGGGGUCGCGGCGGAGGCUACAACACCGGUCCACCUACCCCCAACUAUCCUCGACGAUACGACUCGAACCCUCGUCCUCCCCAGAGCCGCCCCUUGCCUGUGGAUCCCCGGCAAGUAUCGACUUCGUACCAAGACCUGGACUCGAUUCAUACCCCUGCGGUCAAGUUGGAUUUCCAGGACGCUCUGGGCAGUCUUCCACCGCCGAAGAAGCUGAAAAAAGCAGACGAGGCUGCGCAGAAUGACGCAUGAUCGAACGAGCGCGUGGACGUUGCGUUGGUCGCGUGUAGUAUUGUUUAAACCUGAAGGGUUCUCAAUGCAAUUUGACAUAUUCGUCGAGCUGUUUGUCGCGGCGCAUGGUCGCGGCCAAGAACUGCCCGACCACACGCAGGUAAA